UUGAAAAUAAUGUGGUCCUGAAAAGCAGGACUACAUCGUACCAUCUAAAAAUAUCCAAACACGCCAUGCGAGAAUUGUCAGGCGAUUUGAUAUUAAAGUUUUGUAUUAAGAGAUGCUUGGCAAUUGCUUUACAUUUUUUAAACACGUAUCAAUCAGAGUAGGGCUUCAGACAAGUCAACAACACCUUAAAGAAAGAAAACGUCAUAUCAUACGAAAUUUUAACUUAUGUGCUUAUAGAUCAACAGUCUCACAGAAAAUGUCGUCUGAAAAUGUAUUAGCGGGUUUAGAUGAUACUCAAGUUAAAUUAAUGCAAGAAGAAUGUAUAUUGGUAGAUAAGAAUGAUAAAAAUAUUGGCUCGGCUUCAAAAAAAGAAUGUCAUCUAUUAAAAAAUAUUAACAAUGGAAUGCUCCACAGGGCUUUUAGCGUUUUCUUAUUUAAUACUAAAGGAGAGUUGUUAUUACAACAAAGAUCAGAUGAAAAAAUAACAUUUCCUGACCAUUUUACCAACACAUGUUGUAGUCAUCCAUUAAAUGUAGAAGGAGAGGUUGAUGAAGUUAAAGCCCUUGGUGUACGAAAAGCGGCUCAAAGAAAAUUAAAACAUGAAUUAGGAAUUGAACCACAACAGGUGCCUUUAGAAGACUUCCAUUAUUUAACCAGAAUAUUAUAUAAAGCUGAUAAUGUACCGUAUGAUGGUAAAUGGGGCGAACAUGAAAUAGAUUAUAUUUUAUUUAUUCAAAAAGAUGUUGAUUUAGUGCCAAAUUUGAAUGAAGUUAAAAGCCACAGAUAUGUUAGUCAGUCAGAACUAAAAGAAUUAAUAGCAUCAAGAGUAAAGUCUGGUACUCUCAUUACACCAUGGUUUAAACUUAUAGCUGAAACAUUUCUCUAUAAAUGGUGGGAUCAUUUAGAUGAUUUAAACAGUCAGAAAGAUACAGACAAACUUCAUCGCAUGAUUUAAUAACUUAUCAAUAUCAUCUUUUUUUAUGCACCCAAAUGGAAAUGUGGUUGUAUAUUGCCGUCGAAACCGACUGUCCUUCAUACACAAUUUCUUGUGAACACUCUGCAGACCACAUUUACUAUCUGAUCGGUUGAUAUAUACUGUUUACAUCAGUGAGAUGGAAAAGCCUAUUUAAAUUCAGCAAGUUAUGGCCCAUGUUUCACUUUGUUGAACCCUGUGAAUUCUCUUUCCACAGAAGUUAUCAUCCGAUGUAUAUGAAAUUUUACAUGCAUCAUUUAAACUAGUGAAGCCUAUUCAAUUUCAAUAAUUGCUGUUAAUUACUUCUAGAGAUAUGGCCCUUGUUUCGCUUUGUUGAACCUUGUGAAUGCUCUAUUGACUAUAGUAUCAUCUGAUCUGUAUGAAAUUUAUAGGCGUAAUUUAGAUCACUACAAUGAAGAAUCCUAUUGGUAUUCAACAAUUUCUUUUAAUUACUUCUUGAGUUAAGGGCCUUGUUUCACUUUGUUGAACCCUGUGAACGUUCAAUCGACAAAGUUAUCAUUCGAUCUGUAUGAGAUCAGUAAAAUGAAGAAGCCUAUUGAAUUUAAAUACUGUUAAUAGCUUCUACAGUCAUGGCCCUUGUUUGACUUUGUUGAAUCUUGUGAACAUUUGAUCUGUAUGAAAUUUAUAUCCGUGUCCUGUAAAUGCUCCCCUUACCUACAAAAGCUUAAAUAUGCGACAACCCUUGUCAACUCCUCCGGUGAUUUAGCUGCUGUUGGCAUAUAGUUUGUUGUUUGGCAACCUAUCUUUAUUUUAUGCAUACAUUAUAGUAUGAUAGCUGGUGUGUAUGUGUUUUGUUUUCUGGCAAUCCACUGGCUUUCAUAUUGUGUAAAUGAGUAGAACACUAAAAGAUGACCUUUCAAGCCAAUGAAACAAUAAAAGGUUAGAGAUGAGAUUGUCCUUGCUACAUUUGACAUGACAGUAACUAUCAGACAGCAACAAUAACCACACAAAAAAGAAAAAGAAACAAAAGUAUGGCCAUAUUUUUAAUUACAAUGUAAUCUAUAGCUGCCGACUAAUCAAGGGUGACGUGCUAGUAUCCAUCAACUCACGAAAAUGUAAUAUACAAAUAAAUAAUUAUUAUGUCCAUUCAUUUCUUUAUGUUGUUUUCUUGAUUGUUUUUAGGUUUUCAUUAGUGGAGAGGUUUUAUGGAAAUUUAUGUUGUUUUAAAAUGUAUAUGUUUCAUUAAUGGAAGUUAAGAAUAUAUAUUUUCAUUUGUUUAGAGAUUUUAUGGAUAUAUUUUCAUUGAUGGACUUUAAAAGCAUAUAUUUUAAAAUGUAUAUGUUUCAUUAAUGGAAGUUAAGAAUAUAUAUUUUCAUUUGUUUAGAGAUUUUAUGGAUAUAUUUUCAUUGAUGGACUUUAAAAGCAUAUAUUUUCAUUGAAGGAGAGAUUUUAUUUUCAUAAUGAAAUGUAAACAUAAGGUAAUGGCACUUGAGUGUUGAAAUGAGUAGUUUACAUCGUGGAGAGAGAAAUCUGGUUGAACAUCAAAAUACACUUUUUUAAAAAAAUAAUUCUCUUCCACGGAGGGGCCUUUAGAAGUAGGAAGAAAUCAGAGUAUCUGAUGAAAAACCACAAGGUUAGGUCCACUAGAGACAACCCUCUCUUUAAACUCGACGACUUGCAUGAGAUCACCAAAUGCUUUUAAAAGAAUAUUUCAGAAAAAAGAAAAUGAACUACUCUUAAGAGAAUUCUUCAACUAUUCAGCACUCAAUUUCCAUUACCGUACAUUAUACUACCAUAUGCAGUCGAACAAAAUAUUUAUAUUUAUAAUCAAAGGUUGUUGUCAGGACUCAGUACAUGUAUAUUGAUAAUGCAGUCAUUGUGGCCUAAAAUUGAAUAUCAAUAUCAAAAAGAUGUCUGUGAUAUUCGAUCAUUAUGAUAUCUAAUUAAAUACUGUAAUAGAUAAGACCUUCAAAUUAAUGGAUGUUUUGAACAGAAAAUUAAAUUUCAUUAGAAUUCCAACAGCAGAUUGUUGACAAUUACAAUUUAUUAAUAUUAUGUGUUAUAUUAAUAGAAAUACAUGUAAUGUGGUAUGGGUUAAUCGUAUAACAGCAAAAUUAAUUACAAAUAUAUCAUCCAACAAAAUAUUCAAAUCUUUAUAUAAUGACAGCCAUGUAUUAUGAAAUAUCAAUGUAAAUCAUGUAGGUACAGUGAAUAUAUACAUGUCAUUUGUUUCAUUGUAUAUUAAAAUUAAUUAACAUAAAUUGUUGUUUGAAGUUACACUACCCAAGAUACAUUUUGAUAUUCCACGGGAAAACAUGCCAUAGGAUAUCUGUGGGAUAUCAUUGCCAUGGUGUAUCACAGAUUAAGCAGUAGUUAUCUGUAUUGAGCACUUACCUGUCAUGUUAAUGUUGUCUGUGGUACUGUUUUGAGAUCCCACUCACAUUACUGGGCAUGUUACCAUUCUUAGGGUCUACUGUCUUGGGAUCCUACACGGUUCCAUGGUAAUGUUAUCUGUGGUACUGUGUUGGGAUCCCACUCAUGUCCAUGGGAAUGUCAUAUGUGAUACUGUGUUGGGAUCCUAUUCAGUGCCAUUGUUAUGUUAUUUGUGGUUAUGUGGAUAUGAUAUGUUCCCGCCCACCAAACAAACCAGCCUUUUGCUGGUCAUGAAAUAUUAUACAGAUUUAAACAUGCAUUAUGC